AUUCCCUUUCCUGUGAGAAGAUUCCACACGCCGGUGUCUAUUUCUGUGAGAAAUCCAGCCCUCGCCUGCGCACCGCCAGAACUGACGGGGAGAGAGUGACCGCAGCCCCGGCUCUGCCUCUGCCAUGGCAGGAGACGACCGGACCAUCCCGCACGCCUACCCCAUGAGCGUGGAGUACGAGAGCGGCGCCCCCGCCACCAUCUACGACCAGAACUUCGGCGAGGGUCUGUCGUCAGAGGACAUUUUCGCCCCCACUUUGUACCAUGGCUACUACAUCAGACCCAGGAUCAACAAGCAGCUGGCCCGAGGCUUUUCGGAGGUUGCCACCAGCGACCACAAGUUCCAGGUGUUCUUGGACGUCUGCCAGUUCCUGCCGGACGAGCUGUCCGUCCGCACAGUGGACAACCUGCUGGAGGUGUCCGGCAGCCACCCACAGAAGCUGGACAGCCACGGUUUCGUCUCCCGGGAGUUCAGGCGCACGUACGUCCUCCCCCUGGACGUGGACCCCCUGCUGGUCCGCGCCUCCCUGUCCCACGACGGCGUCCUGUGCCUCGAGGCGCAGAGGAAAGGAGGGGAGACCCGGCCCAAGGUCCGCAACGUGGAGAUCGGUCUGGCGCCCCCACCAACGGCGUCGGGAGAGCCUGGAGCUGAGAGGCGGGAGGGUGAGACGGGUCUCGAGGCAAAAAGCGAUCACUGACCGUGACCUCUGUCCAACCCACAUUACUAACAAGGCAGCUACAGCAGCUAACCGGCAAGGAAUUGGCGUCCUGUUCGAUGACGUCUUUAACCACUGAAACCAACGACUUCUGAAACAGGUUGAUAUUUUCAGAUUCCGAUCGCUUGUUCAUCGCGUGUACAUCGAAGCACAACGCUGGCAGUAGAUUUAUGAUCCUAAGACGUCCACCUCACCAUUUACAGCCCUGAGAUCAAUUUUCUUGCAGGCAUACUCAAUAAAUCCAACGGCCGCCAUCGGCCACACCAACAGAGCGUCCGCCAGCGUUCAAAAGGCAGCAAAUGCAAAAAGAAAGAAAAGAAAUAAUAAUUUUAAGAAAUUAUCAUCAGAAUCGGGUUUAAUAUUAGAUUAGAUUAUGAGGACGCUCAGUCCUCGUUUAUUGUGAUUUAGAAAUCCAUGCAUUAGAAAAUGAUACAAUGUUCCUGUGGUAUGAUAUCACAGAAACACAGGACAGACCAAGACUAAAACUGACAAAGAACACACAAUUAUAACAUAUAGUUACAACAGUGCAAAGCAAUACCGUAAUUUGAUAAAGAACAGACCAUGGGCACAGUAAAAAAAAAGUCUCAAAGUCCCGAUAGCCCCAACAUCUCACGCAGACGGUAGAAGGGAGAAACUCUUCCUGCCGUGAGCUUCCAGCGCCGCAAACUUGCCGAUGCAGCACCCUGGAAGCACCCGAUCACAGCCGACUCUUGAGUCCGUCUGAAAACUUCGAGCCUCCGACCAGCCCUCCGACACCGAGCACCGAGCACCAUCUCUGCCGAGCGCUUCGACCCCAGCCCCGGCAACAGGCAAUAGGCAAAGCCGAGGAUUUGGGGCCUUCCCCCCCGGAGAUUCUCGAUCGCACAGUAGCAGCGGCAGCGAAGCGGGCAUUCCAGAAGUUUCACCAGAUGUUCCUCUGAGCUUCUCACGUCCGUCUCCAUCAAAUCAGGAUUGUGCACGGUACCUACUUGCCAGAUAACAGACAUCAUUCACCGGAGAGGCCGCGUGCACUGCCGUCGCGUCACCAUCUUCUCCUCCUCCAGCAUAUGUCAGGAAAUUUGUCAUCUUGCGGCAGCAGUACAUUGUAAUACAUUAAAAUGUUGAACUGCCAUGAGCUACAUUAAGUAUUUAUGUAUAAAUCAGCUAAGUUAGAUCACUUGUGUAACAAAGGCAGUGAGGUAGUGUUCAUGGGUUCAAUGUCCAUUCGGAAACCCGAUGGCGGAGGGGAAGAAGCUGUUCCUGAAACGUUGAGUGGGUGUCUUCAGGCUCCUGUACCCCCUCCCUGACGGUUACAAUGAGAAGAGGACAUGUCCUGGGUGAUGGGGGUCAGUAAUGAUGGAUGUAUCUCCAUUACCUCCUCCCUGAUGGUCACAAUGAGAAGAGGGCAUGUCCUGGGUGAUGGGGGUCAGUAAUGAUGGAUGUAUCUCCUGUACUUCCUCCCUGAUGGUCACAAUGAGAAGAGGACAUGUCCUGGGUGAUGGGGGUCAGUAAUGAUGGAUGUAUCUCCAUUACCCUCCUCCCUGAUGGUCACAAUGAGAAGGGGGCAUGUCCUGGGUGAUGGGGGUCAGUAAUGAUGGAUGUAUCUCCUGUACCCCCUCCCUGAUGGUCACAAUGAGAAGAGGGCAUGUCCUGGGUGAUGGGGGUCAGUAAUGAUGGAUGUAUCUCCAUUACCUCCUCCCUGAUGGUCACAAUGAGAAGAGGACAUGUCCUGGGUGAUGGGGGUCAGUAAUGAUGGAUGUAUCUCCAUUACCUCCUCCCUGAUGGUCACAAUGAGAAGAGGACAUGUCCUGGGUGAUGGGGGUCAGUAAUGAUGGAUGUAUCUCCUGUACCCCCUCCCUGAUGGUCACAAUGAGAAGAGGACAUGUCCUGGGUGAUGGGGGUCAGUAAUGAUGGAUGUAUCUCCAUUACCACCUCCCUGAUGGUCACAAUGAGAAGUGGACAUGUCCUGGGUGAUGGGGGUCAGUAAUGAUGGAUGUAUCUGCAUUACCUCCUCCCUGAUGGUCACAAUGAGAAGAGGACAUGUCCUGGGUCAUGGGGGUCGGUAGUGAUGGAUGUAUCCCCUGUACCCCUCCCUGAUGGUCACAAUGAGAAGAGGACAUGUCCUGCGUGAUGGGGGUCAGUAAUGAUGGACGUAUCUCCUGUACCCCUCCCUGAUGGUCACAAUGAGAAGAGGACAUGUCCUGGGUGAUGGGAGUCAGUAAUGAUGGAUGUAUCUCCUGUACCUCCUCCCUGAUGGUCACAAUGAGAAGAGGACAUGUCCUGGGUGAUGGGGGUCAGUAAUGAUGGAUGUAUCUCCUGUACCUCCUCCCUGAUGGUCACAAUGAGAAGAGGGCAUGUCCUGGGUGAUGGGGGUCAGUAAUGAUGGAUGUAUCUCCUGUACCCCCUCCCUGAUGGUCACAAUGAGAAGAGGACAUGUCCUGGGUGAUGGGGGUCAGUAAUGAUGGAUGUAUCUCCUGUACCUCCUCCCUGAUGGUCACAAUGAGAAGAGGGCAUGUCCUGGGUGAUGGGGGUCAGUAAUGAUGGAUGUAUCUCCUGUACCUCCUCCCUGAUGGUCACAGUGAGAAGAGGGCACGUCCUGGGUGGUGGGGGGUCCUCAGUAAUGGACGCUGUCUUGAAGAUAUCCCGGACGCUGGGGAGGGCCAGUGCCCGUGAUGGAGCUGACUGAGUUUACAACUCUCUGCAGUGUACUUCGAUCCUGUGCAGUAGCCCCCCACCACCAACACCCCCCCCAUCCUGUGCAGAGCCCCACCACCACCAACACCCCACCCCGGACUAGAUGGUGAUGCUGCCAGUUAGAAUGCUCUCCACAGUACAUCAGUAGAAAUCUGCAGCAACAUAGCACAUCCACAGUGUUCAGCAGAGCAACACAACACGCCAAUGUAACUACAGCAACAAAACAAAUCUCUGUACCCCUCUCCCCCCUUUCCCUACCUCUCAUUCUCUCUCUGUCCCUCUCUCUGUCUCUCUCUCUCAUUCUCUCCCUCUCUCUCUCUCAUUCUCUCUGUCUCUCUCUCCCCCCUCUCUCUCUCUCCCUCUCUCUCUCUCUCUGUCAAUCUCUCUCCCUCUCUCUCUCUCUCUCAAUCGCUCUCUCUCUCUCUCUCUCUCCCUCUCUCUGUCUCUCUCUCUCUCAUUUUCUCUCCCUCUCUCUCUCUCUCUCUCUGUCAAUCUCUCUCCCUCUCUCUCUCUCUCUCAAUCGCUCUCUCUCUCUCUCUCUCCCUCUCUCUGUCUCUCUCUCUCUCAUUUUCUCUCCCUCUCUCUCUCUCUCAUUCUCUCUCCCUCUCUCUGUCUCUCUCUUUCUCCCUCUCUCUGUCUCUCAUUCUUUCUCUCUCUUUCUCUCUCUGUCCCUCUCAUCCUCUCUCCAUCUCUCUCUCUGUCUCUCUCUCUCAUUCUCUCUUGGUCUCUCUGUCUCUCUCUCUCUCAUUCUUUCUCUCUCUCUCUGUCUCUCUCUCUCAUUCUUUCUCUCUCUCUCAUUCUCUCUCUCUGUCUCUCUCAUUCUUUCUCACUCUAUCUCUCUCUCUUUCUCUCUCUCAUUCUCUCUCUCUCUCUCAUUCUUUCUCUUUCUCUCAUUCUCUCUCCCUCUGUCUCUUUCUCGCAUUCUGUCUCUCUCCCUCUCUCUCACACAUACAGGUCUCCAAUGCCAGGCCACCUCUGUGUCUCCAGCCUCCAGUACACGCUCAAACUCACAGACAUUGGCCCCCGGCGGACUUACAGACGCAGAACCCCAGGGCUUUGGCUGUCGGGCCUCGAUCUUCGGUGUCAGACCCCCGGGGGACUUGUCGAUGUCAGGGACUGGAAAUUCCAGGCCUCAAACUCCGGACUCGCCGGUUCACGCCCUGGGGGAGGUGGGAGGGGAGAAUGGUUCGCCCCUCGCAGACCGACGAUCGUGGGACCCGCUGUCCUGCGGGUCAACGAGUGACCGGUCCUCACCCUCUCUGGUCUAUGUCCACAGUGCUUGCCAACCUGACAUUCCCCUACGUCCGCCCAUGGGUCAUGCUGACCUUUGAUCUAUGGAUCGCUCCGAGCCUGACCUUUAAUUCCCCACAUCCCUGUCCCUAACUAACCCCUCACUUUCUGUCCUCAAAAUCACUCCUAUGAACCUGAGGGGAAACAAAGCAACUUAAGUCUGAAAUGGACAUGACAGCUUGGUGCCAUCUUGACCCGAAGCUCCUUUGCUCAUUCAGAAACAUCGAUUAAUUAUGGGCUCCUGAGUCUCCCGUCAGAGGGACUGAGCACCAUCUCCUUGCAUGUUCACAGUCGAAGUCAUCUGCUGCAGGAGACAGAUACCAGAUGUGUAGCCUAGUCCACCGACAUCUGAAAUUGGGCAACUGUCUUGCUGUUUCUCUGAUCGACUUGUUGACGGGCGUUUCAUAUGUAUGGAUAAAUUCUCUGGAUUUUCAGAAAGUAUCUCUGACAUACCAGUGGUGCAAAUAUUUCUUUCACAUGUGUACUGCCAAUCAAAAUUGCUUUUCAAUUGCAAUCAAUAAAAACUUUAUUAAAUAAUUCU